GCGCUUUCUCCCCCACCGGGUCGUCUUCCUUAGCGUCUUCCCUUCCUUUUUCUCCGAUCAAAUGAAUUACGAUUUCAGGAACAGAGCAGCUCCUCCGCCGUACAACGCACAGAUCCCGAUGUACCGUCAGCCGGCGUCGUCUUCAUCAACGCCAUCUAUCCAUCCGAUGUACGGAUAUUCCAUGUACCCGAGGGUCGGUCAGCCUGGCCCUGGACACAACGUACCGGCAUCUCGUGCCUCCUCCUUCAACCACGCUUCUGCUCCGACAUCCUCCUCUUCCUCUGGAUUGGGCAUUAAGGUUACUUUAAAACCCGAGUAUGGAAUAACUCAUCCGCCUCAGUUGGCACCACAAGCAGGAGAUAUUCCUAGAAGCAAUUUCCAGUUUGAUUUUGAACUUGAGAGAAAAAUCGUAGCUGAGGUGGAGAGGGGAGGCCAGAAUUGGAGCAGGCUUGGGUUGGAAAAUCUUCCAUCUAAUGCUACAGAGUCAACAUCCUCAGUGGGUUCUGUUGCUGAUCCUGUAGUGAGCAAAUAUAUUGCAUCUGGACUCAACCGGGAAGCUGUUCCUAUUGCAGUUACAAAUUAUGGAGACAAUCCAACAAAGGUUCGUGAGUUUGUCAAUGGUUUCAUCCCCCUACGAGAAAUGGGAUUCUCAUCAAGCAGUGUUGCUGAAGCCUUACUCAUGUAUGAUAAUGAUACAGAAAAGGCAUUAUCACAUCUCCUUAAUAGCUCAUCCUGAUUACCGUUGGAAACCAUGCUUUGUGCAUGAGACUUCGUUGGAGUGAUGGUUUCUGACAAAUAGUUGUAUUUUCCUUUGGCUGCCUUGGUUCUGAUUGUGUUCGUAAAAUUAAUAACAUUUUCUAAUUUUUUUGGCCAUUACAUUUUCUGAUUAUUGUCCCUUUUCGAGUAAGAGCUUCUCUUCCCUACAUAAUGUUUCUCAUUUAGGGAUACUGAUUGUAUUAUGUCACAAGUUAUCUGUUGGUGCUGCGAGAACUUUUGGGUUCUUUAUGGUUCAAAUCUGUCCAAUUUAUAUUAAAAUGGGACACCUUAAUGGAAAAACCAUUUUUGGUGCAAAAAAUUAAUCCCAACAAGUUGAGGACCAAAUCUAGCAUCAAACCUUCUUUUAAACAAAAGAGUAAGCUUCAAUCAUGUCUUUAGACCCAAAAAAAAGAAAAAAAAAAGAAAAAGAAAAAAAGGAGGAACAGAGAAAGACUGUAUAUCUCAUCAACUGCAUGAUCAACUAUAACAAUCAUCUCUUUCGCUGAGAUGUGUAUGGCAACCAUUUCCUUCUGUGGACUGUGACCUCUCCAAUUGUCAGUUCACUUGAAACCAGCCGAAAUAAUCUUCAUGUCACAGGAUCUGAUGCCAUGUAAUCGAGAUUUGAGUCAUGAAACUCUUCCUGCCUCAAAAGCCUACAUUCAGCAAACUUCAACCAUUUGAGUAAAUAUACACCACCAUCAACCAGCAUCAUCUUUAUAUUUACUUUCUAUGAUCUUGGAGCAAGCGGACUCAAAGUGCGUUUGAGAUUAUGGUUGAAAACAUUUUUGUGUAAUCAUAUAGCACUUUUAGAUAUAUGUGUGUUUGAUAAUUUUUUUUUCAAACUGCUUUCUUAAAAAGUUAUAGAAAACAUAAGAGAUCUACAAUAAAUUUAUGUAAAAAGC